AUGUCAUCGCAAAGAUUGGGGCAGGGUGUCCCCGUACCGCCAGAGCAGACGACUGGAUGCAGGGACUACAAAAAUGACGAUCCUGAAGAUGAGGGCAUCCUCGGAGUCGUCGAUGCUAAUGUAGCCAUCCUGCUGACGCCAGUUCAACCCCACUUCAGGCGCAGGACCACGCAGACAGGCGCGAUAGCAGGAACAAUCGAUGGGGGCCCAUGUAGCUCGUUCAUAUACGACACUGAUGAAGAGCUGUGGGACCGAUCCUCAUCUGGACAGUCGAGAAGGACUGAUGAGGGCUCGUCCAGCUUGUUCGUGUAUGACACCGAUGAAGACAUUCCAGACCGACCCUCGUCCGAGCAGUCGAGAGGAACUGAUGAGACCUCAGAUCAUCUGCCUACCCCGUCAGCCUUGCCCAGCCAACGUCUGCCAUCCAUCUCACGGCCAGACAACACAUCUAUCAGCAUGGAGAAUCAUCCAGCGGGUCCGGCAGAGGACACGAACUCGGAAGAGGAGCUUGGAGCCCGCCUAAUGGCCAUCCAUGAGAAAAUGAUAGCACAAUUCACGAACAUGAAGGAGACGCCAAUGUAA